AUGCCUCAAAGUAUCGAUCUCAACGACCAGGCGGCCAAGGACGCAGAGAGUGAUCGAUGCCUCGCGCUCGUCUUCCACCACUGGCAAACAAGCUUCGACGUCCCCCCUCCAAGAUAUCCUGUCUACCAAUUCUCCGAGUCCGCUCUCCAGGUCGGCCACUUCAAAGAGGAUCUUCCUGGCGAUCCCCCAUCUACCAACCCCAACCCCAGCCGCGAGAAGGGCGCGAAAGCCUACCUCAUUGUGAAAUGCCGCAGAACCCAGACUUACUUGGGUUGUAUUCCUAGAGAAAUCGAUCUGAACCAGAAGGGCUUUCUUUGGUGUGAUGCAGAAGGCAAGCCCGUCGACAAGAAUUACAUCCAGAUAACUGAAGGCCUUGAUAUUGGGCUUUUAAAGGAGGAUCUCGCGAAUAUGUACAACAUUCAGGAGACGAGGCUUGUGGCGAAAUGGAACGAGGACGUCAAGAUUGCGACGCUCCGGCGUGCUAUUCGAAGGGUUGAGGCUGCUGGACCGUCAGAAGAAGCUGUUGUACGUGACGAGGACUGUCAUUAG